CUGAGCGAUAGACUGAACAGUAACAGUGUUCUCAAUCCAACCAGGAUGAGCAGAUCCCACUUUAUCGGAGGUACUGUAGAUCCAGGUUUUGAAUCAGUUAAAAAACUGUUUAUCAAAAACUUUGAGCUUGGAUCAGAUGAGAACUCUCAGUUUUGUGUAUAUGUAGGAGAGAGGAAGGUGAUAGAUCUUUGGGGAACUUUAAACAAAACUGAUGGAUACAAUGCAGAUACCCUGACUACUGUAUUCAGUAGUACUAAAAGCAUAACAGCUAUUAUGAUGGCUAUGGCCCGGGACCGUGAUCUCCUGGAAUACUCGGAUAAGAUUAGCAAGCAUUGGCCUGAGUUUGCCCAAGGAGGAAAGGAAGAUAUUACAAUUGCUGAUUUGAUGAGACAUGAAGCUGGAUUAGCAAACCUAUCCAACCCUUUGGAGAUUGAAGAUUUGCUGCCAGAAAAUAUAAAGAAGAACGCUGCCGGGGAGAAAUUAGUUCGGUGUGUACCUAGCUACCCUGAAGGAGGGAAGCGAGAAUAUCAUGCUUUUUCACGUGGAUGCCUUGCAAAUGAGAUCAUGAGACGUGUUGACCCAUUGAAUCGAACAUUAGGAGAAUUCCUGCAGAAAGAGAUUGCGAGUAAACUGCAAGCGGACGUCUAUAUAGGUUGUAACAAACCAGAAUAUUUUGAUGUCAAGAAUAUGCCAUUUAUGUUUGCAAUGAAGGAAGGCCUAAAAAAGCAGUUUGGACUGCAAAGUGCCACUGAAAGCACUCUAUCUAAUAUGUUAGGAUUUCUUUACCUUAUCCGGAAUAUGAUGAAGAAUAAACCAUCAGUCAACGGAUUUACAGAUUUCACUGCUGUAAACCAGUCACUAGUUCGAGCUACAGAACUGCCAAGUGUUAACGGAAACUGCUCUGCGAGAGGGAUGGCUGUUCUAGCUGCGGCGCUGGCAAACAAAGGAAACUUUCAGGAUACUCGUUUGAUGAAAGAAACAACAUGGAAUGAAAUGCAUUCUGAUCCCACACCUGGAAAUGCAGCCGGUGGAGAGUUCUUGUUUACUAAGGGAGGAGUCGCUUUCUUUAACGAGGGAUUGAGAGAAGGAUACUUUGGUUGGUUCGGAUAUGGAGGUUCAGUGCUUCAAUGGAACCCAUCUCUCAAGAUUGGAUUUGCAUAUACUUGUACCUAUUUGUUUCCGUUUGGUGUUUUGAACUUGAAAGCAGCAGAAAUGCAGGCAGAAGUGGUAAAAUGUUUGAAAAAUAUGAAGAAUCCUGGAGAAAAGUAGGAAAUAAACCUGUUCAAGUUCACUAAGCUUGGAGAAUAUUUCAAUUCAUUGUUUUCUACUUUAUUUAAUUGGUGUGAAAAAUCCGUAAUUUUCUAAAUAAUCUGCAACUGCCAUUCUUCAAAAAGAUUUAAAUUUUUUCGUGUAGGCACUUUUAAACUUGAGCUAAGUUGUCCCUACAGGGUAUGACGACAACGGGAUAAAGAAAAGGAAUUAGAUUAAUCUAUAGGUCUAAAUAAAAUGGAGAUAAAUACUUAAUAUUGUGAUUUUCAGAAUAAACGUAUUGACUUCAGGGCUCCAUAAAAUUGUAAAACAGUUUACAAAAUUGAUGAAAAAUGAUGAUCAAUCUCUAUGAGUUUACAAAAUUGAUGAAAAAUGAUGAUCAAUCUCUAUGAGUUUACAAAAUUGAUGAAAAAUGAUGAUCAAUCUCUAUGAGUUUACAAAAUUGAUGAAAAAUGAUGAUCAAUCUCUAUGAGUUUACAAAAUUGAUGAAAAAUGAUGAUCAAUCUCUAUGAGUUUACUAAAUUGAUGAAAAAUGAUGAUCAAUCUCUAUGAGUUUACUAAAUUGAUGAAAAAUGAUGAUCAAUCUCUAUGAGUUUACAAAAUUGAUGAAAAAUGAUGAUCAAUCUCUAUGAGUUUACUAAAUUGAUGAAAAACGAUGAUCUUCCCUAUAUGGAAAAAUAAAUGAUAAUGAUUUUAAUUAAAAACAAUCAGGCUUGGUAACACUUGAGAUUAUAAAAAAGGGAUUUUUAACACAAAUUGAAAUGACUCACCAAUUGUAAUUCCUGUUCAAUUUUUGGAUUUUAUCCUAUUUCAUCUUCUCUCAGCAAUGUUCAUCUUCAUAGCCUGGUUUUCAACGCUUAUUUCCUGUGAAUUUGUUAAAUCUUGUAAAAAGAGCUUUUGAAAAGAAAUGAAUAACUUGAACGGAAAAUAUAUAUAUAUAUACUACGAA